AUGUACAAUGGCCCCAGGUACACUCGCUGUCAGAUCUUGUCCCACGUUAUCUUCCCCCCCUCCUUCAAUUGCUCUCCACUCCAUUCCUCUCCUCUCCUCCUUCUACUUGAUGCAUUGCUUCUUUUAUCUCAAGUCUCUCCCUGCCGCCUGACUGCCUUUAUCUUUCCAUUCUUCACCCCCUUGCCUUAUCUCUGCUGGUCUUUUGUGGUUGCGAUCACCCGCGAGUCAGAUUUCCAUUGCUUUCGUACUCUUCCCCAUAUCGCGACUACAAAGGAUGUAACCGUCUUUUGA